AUGCCUUCCGCCGAAUACCAGACACCAACCUUCAAAACACCAUGGAUCGAAACUCCGCUUAUCGAAUCCGCUGCCUUGUCUCGCGCUGCAGGAUGUAGGAUCUUCCUGAAGCUGGAGAAUGUUCAGCCUAGCGGUUCUUUCAAAUCUCGUGCGAUGGGCAAUCAGAUUCUAUCUCACCUUCGCAAGCCAGAAUAUGCAAACCGCCGAAUUCACUUCUACGCCUCGUCCGGUGGAAAUGCCGGAUUGGCCGCUGUGUGUGCUGCCCGAACCCUGGGAUACCCUUGCACUGUUGUGGUGCCCCUCUCCACGAAACCUUUAAUGCUGGAGAAACUACAAGCUGCGGGUGCCGCGGACGUCAUUCGCCAUGGGGAGACUUUCUUCGAGGCCGGCUCCUACAUGAAGGAGGUCAUCAUGAAGACUGGCUCUGGGGAUGACGAAGAUGUGGCGAAGAUUGCCCUACACCCCUUUGAUAAUGAGCCCAUCUGGGAGGGCAACGGCACAAUUAUUGAUGAGUUAGAAAAGCAACUCCCCCCGGCCGCUAAUACUGAGGAGGAGCAAGUUUACGGCGGGCGGGCACUCCCUCUUGAUGCUAUCCUCUGCAGUGUUGGCGGUGGCGGUCUUUUGAAUGGCCUUGUUAUGGGCAUUGAGAAGCGGCGGUCGAUGAAGCAGAGGGACAAUGGCUUUUCCAGCACUAGUCACUCCUAUCUGGAUACAUCUUUAGAGACAAUCACAACCACUUCCUCCGUGCCAGUCUCCACGACUCCCAGCCCCAUCAACCUUCUCGCCAUCGAAACAGACGGCACCGACUCCUUAGCAGCAGCCAUCGCCCAUAAAUCCCUUGUCUCUCUUCCUAAAAUCACCUCCCAAGCCACGUCCCUUGGAGCCAUUCGUGUCUCAGAAACUACUUUCCAAUACGCCGUGUCGCCUCCGCCCGGUAUCAAAGUUCACAGUGCCGUGCUCACAGACGCCGAGGCGGCACGAGGCGUACUCCGCCUUGCAGAUGAUGAGCGACUUCUUGUCGAACUCGCUUGCGGGGUUUGUGUCGAAGCGGCCAUCGGCGACGCCGCCACUGCCACUGCCGCUGCUGAGUCGGCGAUCCCCGUCGCUGAGGGCCAAAGCUCCAAGAAGCGCAAGAGGGAUCUAGAUGAUACUGCCUCUCGGGAUGAGGGCUACGGCGAUGACCGAGCCUCUUCGACAGACAAUGAAGCCGACCUGGACGCCAGGCCGGAGACCAGUGCAGCUGGUCAGGCUAUCCCGCCAAAGACUCCUGAACUCACAUCCAAGUUGAAGCAGCUUCUACCAGAUCUCAACUCUCAGAGCAGGGUUGUCAUUAUCGUCUGUGGUGGAAGUAAUGUUACUAUUGAUAUGGCUGGGGAAUAUAGAAAGAUGCUGUCAGAGGGAUGGGUGUGA